UUUGAGGCGUGUGAGUGAGAGAGGUUUUUUUUCAAAUAGUAUUAUCCAAACGAUAUAUUUUAUACUGCUGUUAGUAUUCCUUACGAAUCCAAUAUAUCUAAGUAAACUGAAUUUUUGCUGUAGAUAGUACCACCUGUUUCUCUCAAGAAAAAAAAAAAGUAUAAUUCCCAAUUAUAGAAUUCAUUUUUACGAAACAAAACAUUUAAAUAAUUAUAUUGCUGGCGCCUGGAGGUGAGACUGAUUCCCAGAUAUUACUUGGGCUGACCGGGAGAAAGCCUCGCGUACCUGCUCUGGCAAAGUUGGAAAAGAAGAUUUAGAAACUGCAUUCGAUCGGCUGGAGAAAGGAAAAGACCUCUGUUUGCUUGUUGGCUGGUCUCACUUUGUCUAACAACGACAGUGAGGAGAGAUGUCUUUCCGGCUAUUCGAAGGGAAGGAGCACGCCGACAUCUAUCAGAAGUACCGCUUUGAUCCCCCUGAUGAAGUCAAGAGUAUAAUCCUUAGUUAUCUGGAUAAAAAAAAAGGCAAGCCUCAUGUCCUGGCUGUGGAUCUGGGCUGUGGGACGGGUCAGAACACCCGAGUUUUAGCCCCUCAUUUCCAGGAGGUGGUGGGGAUUGACGUCAGCGAGGCCCAGUUAGCAGUGGCGAGGAGAGUGCCCGGAUCCCCAAAUAUCACUUACCGGGCCAGUCCCGCGGAGGACCUCCCGUUCGAGGACGGCUCAGUGGAUCUGGUCACGGCUGCCUCGGCGGCUCACUGGUUCAAUGCCGACGCCUUUCUGAAGGAGGCUGAGAGAGUCCUGAAGCCCAGGGGCUGCAUUGCCCUGCUGGGCUACUCCACAACCACUUGUGAGCUCCACUGUAAUAACGGCACUGGUGACCUGACUGAAGUCCUCACUGAGGUGUGGGAUUGCCUGAUGCCUUAUGGAAAUAAGCAGGUGGAAGUUUCAAACUCAAUGUUGCAGGAGAUAUUAGAGGCCAUCAGAUUCCCAGAGAAGGAAAGGGUUGAAAAUAUAGCUGUAAAGACUCGUCUAUCAGUGUGUGAUUUUCUCGGUUAUGUUCAGUCCUUCUCCAUGUACCAGGCCUACUCAAAGGCAGACCCGGAAGCUGCAAAGACCAUGAUACAAAGAAUCCAACAGAGGUUUCUGGAGAUGGGCGUCUCCUCUGCUGAGAAGGAGCUGGAAAUCUGGCAGAAAUAUUUCUGUGUGUUGGCGUCCAAGCCUGAGUGAGAUCCGGAAUUACUGCGACAGAGCUGGGAUCUCAUGAACGAGGGGGAAUAAUAUGUACUUGACUUCCAGAUACAACAAAUUAGUAUUUGAAAAUCGUGCCCUAAAUUAACGUGGGUAUUUAAUGUGCUUUUCUGUUGUGCUAAUACAUGUUGAAUCGUGCUACUCUUCAUUGGAGUUUGUAUUUCAUUUUACUCUUGUAACUGCCUCCCUGAGUGAUUGUACGCACCAUAGUACUCCUGUGAACAACAUUAAAAUGCGAUGUAAUAAUA